UGGGGGAAGAUGGCUCCACCUGCUCCAGGCAGGUAAACUACCAGCUUAACACCACCAGUGAGCAAACACAGGUUCAGCCACUUGGCAUUCACUGCUGCCCAGGGCCCAGGAACCUGCUGAUUGGUCAGAUCUGGGUCAUGGUCACAACCUGGAGCUGGGCAGUAGGAGUGCAAGUGCAGACAGUCACUUGCACCCAGCCCAGGAGACUGAGAGACCAGGGAUGAGGAAGGGCAGCUCUCCAACAGAGCAUGAGGAGUGGGUGCCAACAGACGCAUAUAACUGGAGGACCCUCGGGGAGGUGACCCCGUGAGCUGGGACUGAAGAGUAUGAGUGGGCAUUUAGGGGACACAGACAGUGCGAGAGGGACCAGCACAGCAGAGGUGGAGUGGCAUGAAAAUUUAUGGCUGCCCUCUACCACUCCUGCCCCUGGGUGCCUCUGUAUCUUUGCUGGGAGGCCUCACCUUUGGUUAUGAACUAGCAGUCAUAUCAGGUGCCCUGCUACCACUGCAGCUUGACUUUGGGUUAAGCUGUUUGGAGCAGGAGUUCCUGGUGGGCAGCCUGCUCCUGGGGGCCCUCCUUGCCUCCCUGGUAGGGGGCUUCCUCAUCGACCACUAUGGCAGGAAACAAGCCAUCCUCGGGAGCAACUUGGUGCUGCUGGCAGGCAGCCUGAGUCUGGGCCUGGCUAGCUCCCUGGCCUGGCUUGUCCUGGGCCGCUCGGCAGCUGGCUUCGCCAUCUCCCUCUCCUCCAUGGCCUGCUGUAUUUAUGUGUCCGAGCUGGUAGGGCCACGGCAGCGGGGUGUGCUGGUGUCCCUCUACGAGGCAGGCAUCACUGUGGGUAUCCUAUUCUCCUAUGCACUCAACUAUGUGCUGGCUGGUUCCCCCUGGGGAUGGAGGCAUAUGUUUGGCUGGGCUGCUGCACCUGUUCUCCUGCAGUCCCUCAGCCUCCUCUGUCUCCCGGCUGGUACCAAUCAGGGUGCAGCACCCAAGGACCUCAUCCCUCUUCAGGGAGGUGAGGCCUCCAAGAAGGGCCUGCGGAGGCCAAGAUACUCCUUUCUGGACCUCUUCAGGGCACGGGAUAACAUGCGAGGCAGGACCACAGUGGGGCUGGGGCUGGUGCUCUUCCAGCAGCUAACAGGGCAGCCCAAUGUGCUGUGCUAUGCCUCCACCAUCUUCCACUCAGUUGGCUUCCACGGGGGAUCCUCAGCCGUGCUGGCCUCCGUGGGGCUUGGCACAGUGAAGGUGGUGGCUACCCUGACUGCCAUGGGGCUAGUGGACCGAGUGGGCCGCAGGAUCCUGUUACUCUCUGGCUGCACCCUCAUGGCCCUGUCUGUCAGUGGCAUGGGCCUUGCCAGCUUUGCCAUGCCCAUAGAUGCAGGCCCAAGUUGCCUGGACAUGCCUAAUGCCACCAGGCUGUCAGGCCUCCCUGGAGACUCUGGCCUGCCAAGGGGCAUAUCUCUACCAUCACUCCCAACAACCAGGGAGAACCAAGGGGAUCCAGUCUUGUCAACCUCUGAGAAAGCCAAGCCUCGUCCUGGAGCUGUGGACCUCACCGUCCCUCUCCUGCCAGCCUUAAGCACUACCUCCCCUUUAUCCCUUCCUGCCCCAGAGCACGCCGUGCUGCACUGGGCAGCCCUGGUCUGCAUGAUGGUCUUUGUGAGUGCCUUCUCCUUUGGAUUUGGACCAGUGACCUGGCUUGUCCUCAGCGAGAUCUACCCUGCGGAGAUCCGGGGGAGAGCCUUUGCUUUCUGCAACAGCUUCAACUGGGCUGCCAACCUCUUCAUCAGCCUCUCCUUCCUCGACCUCCUUGGCACCAUUGGCCUGUCCUGGACCUUCCUGCUCUACGGCCUGACCGCAGUCCUUGGCCUGGCCUUCGUCUAUUUCUUUGUACCUGAAACCAAAGGCCAGUCAUUGGCAGAGAUAGACCAGCAAUUCCAGAGGCGACGGUUAAUUGAAUACGUUCUCCUCACUGUACAGGCCCACAGACAGCGCCAAGGACAACAGGCCCAGCGUGAAGGGGUCCUGGGAGGCCCAUCCCACCUUUGCAGCCUGGGGCCUGCUCAGGCAGGGCAGGGGGUCAUGUGCGGGGGAACCAAGAAUGUGAGCUAACCUUGCACGUGGGCAGCAGCGGGCUGGGCUGGAAAUCCAGGCAGGGAGGAGGGAAUCUCAGGUUUCCUUCCAAUAAUCUCUAAAUUAUUUUUCAGGAAUUCAUGUUGGCAUUUUCUGAGUACCUUCUAACAGCAGAACACUGGCGUGAGGCGUGGGAUGCAAUAAUAGAAACCCAAAGUGGGGUGGUUCUCGACCAGGAGCAAUUGUGCCCUCCAGGGCACAGGUGGCAGUAUCUGGAGACCCUCUGGGCCGUCUUGACUGAGGGAGGGGGCUGCUGCUGGCAUCUCGUAGGUGGAGGCCAGGGACGCUGCCAGACGUCCUACAGUGCACAGGAAGGCCUCCCAACGGACUCGUCUGGCCCAGAAUGUCAGUAGUGCUGAGACUGAGAACCCCAGAUUUACCACUCUCCUGUUAUAUGGAUGAGGAGACUGAGGUCCAGAGCAGUUAAAUAACAUGUCCAGGGAUACAUGGGUAUAAAGGGUCAGGACUGGGAUUUCAGCCCAGAAAGCCUGACUGCUGUCCGCCUGUUCCUCCUAUAGUUACAGUUCAUGGCAGCGAGUGGGAGGAGAGUUCUGGGGGCCUUCUCAUCAUAGGAUUGGGAAGACUGAAGGAUUUCCAGGGGCAGGGGAGUCUGUAAUUAUCCCUAUUGUCACCCACUUCAAAUAUGGGGGAAACCUGUUUCCAAACUUUGCUGGGACCUCUUCCCGGUCAACCCCAAAUGCCCAACUUCAAGCUGAUCCUCAACGUUUCCGUGCAGUACCAGACAAUGAACAGCAGAGGGCGCAAGAGUUCCUCUGCUGCUUUUCCAUUUAUUACUUUUUCGUUGCAAAGAAGAUAGGUGUGCUUUAAAGAAAAUGCAGAAAACACAAAACCCAGAACAAAGAAAUGUAAAUUUCCCAUAUCUCCACCUCCAGGGAAAGCUAAAAAUUUGAAUAGUAAGUACUUUCUUCCUAGUUUUUUCCCAGGCAAAGUCGUUUAUGUGUUUUAUUUUGUUAGUUUUCCAACACAGGUGUAAUCACCCCAGACACAUGAUUUUGUAGCCUGGAUUUUCACAUAUUGUUAUAUCAGAAGACCUUUCCGUUGUCUAACAAGUUCUUCGUAUCAUCCUUAGUCACUGAGUGAUGGCAGUGGAGUGGGUGUGUUCAAUCAAACAGCAAACGUGUUGAGAACUUCUGCCGGGUGCCAAGCUGUGCCAUGCACGGUGUGGGGAAUGUAACAAGCAAGGAGACCACGGUCUGGGGAGACACGUGAUACCCAGGGUUAUUUCAGGUCUGGAGGACAGUCACAGGGGGAAACAGCCAGGGUUGUUCCUCCUAUGUGUUGAGGAGCUCGUGGGGGUGUUGGUCUGGGGAACAGCCUCUCAGAGGAGGGGACAUUCAAACUGGGACCUGGGUGAUGACAAGGAGUCAGCCAAGCAAAGUAGGAGCUGCCAGAAAGUACUUCCAGGGGGAACACGCCUGGCAUAUUUGAAGACUAGAUUGGGAAGGGGGCACCUGGUGAAGAGAAGAGAAUGGGCAGCAGAGAAGUGAGCCCUGUGGGCAUUGCAGAGGGGACUUCAGUCUUCAUUUUAGGAGCAGUGGGAUGUCUCUGGGGGGUUAUGCACAGCACUGAGAUGCUUCUUACAUUUUGUCUUGGGGCUGGGUUGCUGCCAGCUGGGGAGCCGACUGGGUGGUGGGGGUGAUGCAGUCACUAAGAGAUGACCACAGCUCAGGCCAGGUCUGGGAGUGGACAGAGAAAUGUGAUCAAAUUCAGGAUCUAGUUGGAAAAAGGUCCCUAGGGGUGGGUGAGAGAUGGGACGUGGGGAGUGAGGGACAGUGAAGGGUGCCUUCUGUAUUUCUUCUCUGUACCACUGGGCAGAUGGCGGUGCCAUACAUAGAGAAAGGAGAGAAGGAAGACACUCCCACCUGCCACCUGGGCUGCCCCUGCCCCCCGGAGCCUGUGGCUCACCAGCCUGCGCCCAAGGAGGGCAUUCUACUUUUCUGCUUCCUCAGUGCAAAAGAAAGCAACGGUGCCAAAAAAAGGAGAAUAAAGACUCAAUUUUGUUCUAAUAAAA